AUGGUACUACAACUGCAUGUAUGGGGCCCGGCCUUUUCCCUGCCGUCAAUUGACGCGCAAUGUCUUGCUGCAAUUGCAUAUUGUUCCGAGGUCCUCCCUAAAGACUCAUGGGAACUAAUCGCCAGCAGUGAUCCCUCCGUGUCCCCAACAGGUGAGCUCCCCGCUCUCCAGAAUGGUUCCGUCUGGGUGAGCCGGUUCCGCAAUAUCGUCGACUACCUCCGCCAAUACUCCGAGGGAGCAUGGAACCUGGACCAAAACCUCGACGAAGUGCAAAAAGCCGACAGCGUUGCCUUCUCCUCCUUCAUCGAAUCCCGCGGCCAAUCCCUCCUCGACCUCUCCCUCUACGUAACCAGCCAAAACUACUACGGCAACACAUCCCCCGCCUACGGCUCCCUCCUCCAAUGGCCCAACCAAUGGAUCCUCCCACCGAAGCUACACAGCGCCGCCAAAACGCGCACCGAACACCUCGGCCUCUCCUCGCUCGACCUGCAAGCAAUGGAAGACCAGCGCAAACGCGAGCACUCCGCCGCCGUAGCAGCCGGCCAAAUCCCCAGCACCAUGAUCCAGCAGCCGCGCGACACAGUCUCCAAGCUCCUCGGCCGCACAGCGCAAACAAACCAGUUCCGUCUAGAAGCCCUAACAGCAGACUUCUUCGACCCGCUCGAAGCAAUGCUCGCCCGCACAAAGACCUGUCUGCUCCCCGCCGACGAGAACAAUAACCCCUCCUCGCUGGACUGCGUCGCGCUGGGAUACCUGGCGCUGGCGCUCGUGCCGGAGCUGGUCUUCCCCUGGCUGCGCGACGCGAUGCGCGCGAAGGCUCCGCUGCUGGCGGCGUAUACGGAGCGCAUGCGCGGUCGCUGUUUUGGUGAGGACCCUGUUGAGACUGCGCAUGCUUUCCAGCCAACGGCGUUGGCUUUCUUGCCGUGGCGCGCGCCUGAGCGGAUCUCUGUUGCGGCGGUUGGGACGACGCUGCUCGGGACGCUGGCGGAUAAUACGCCGUUUUUGCGGGAGGUGCGCCAGAAUAGGCGGUUGAAGCAGGCUGUCCAGGCUGAUUCGGCGUUUAGCUCGGUGGAGAAACAGGUUUUGGCUUCGUAUGCCGAUUCUAGUAAUAAGGAUAUGUUGUUGUCUGUUGCGACUGCUGUGGCGGGGACGGCGGCUUUUAUUGGGUAUAUGGUGCAUGUGGGCUUGCUUUCUUUUUCGACUGGGGGUGUCGAGGAAGAGGAUGAUCAUGAGGGAGAUGUGGAUGUGGUGCAGCUUGAUCCUGGGUCUGCGGCUGACUUCUUGGGCGCGUUUUAA